AUGGCUUCGUUUCCCGACUCAGACCUGCAGACGUGCCCGCUCUGCAAGGAGCUGUGCGGUUCCUCUGCUCCUAUUUCCUCAAGCUCCUCUACCUCAUCAUCUUCCUCACAUACCUCAUGCUCCUCCAGCCAGACCACCAGGAGGCUCCACGUCCUUCCCUGCCUCCAUGCUUUCUGCAGGCAGUGCCUGGAGGGCCAGCGGAGUCCUGGGGACCCGCUGAAGCUUCGGUGCCCCACUUGCGACCAGAAGGUGUCCAUCUCUGAGGCCGGGGUGGACUCCCUGCCUUCCUCUAAUUUCCUCUUCAGCAACUUGCUUGACGUGGUGGUGAGCUCUGAGGAGCAGAUCCAGAACAAGAAUGGUCACCACCAUCGGGGUUUAGGUGGAAACUCCUCCAGCUUCCAUCUUCCCCAUGGAAGCCUGCUGCACCCUCACCACCUGGGAGAGCCACAAUGCAGCUCCUGUGAUGAGGAGAACCUGGCCACAUCCCACUGCAUCGACUGCCAGGAGUAUCUGUGUGACAACUGUGUGCGGGCACACCAAAGGGUGCGGCUGACUAAGGACCACUUCAUCGAGCGCCUUGGGGACAACCUUCACCACAGCCGGCUCAAUGCCAACAGCAACGCGGGUCAACCAGGGGUGUCUGUGUCCCUCGCCCAGUCUCUGCAGAACAACUUUGCCCUGCUGUCCCUGUUCCAGGACCGCAUGAGCUUCUGCCAACAACAUGACAAUGAGGUGAGUUACACAAGAAUAGAUUCAUACCACUCAACAUUGGAAGACAGAUCUGACUUGGCUUGUUUAGUAUAUGAAUACUUCAUUUCAAAGAGGAAGUCCAUGCGUGACAAACAAUGGGAUUUCUGAUAGAUUUCAGGAUGUCCUAGCAUUGAAAGCUACUCAAUAGGUUUUAGUGGAGCUCAUAAAGACCUAUGGUGUAAUAGCAUUAUGUGUGUAGCAUCGAACCAUAUUAGGGGCCAUAUGGCCUUAGGUUCAAAGGGAGCUGAGUGGCUCUUCACCUAGUUCCCCGGAGACACAAAGGCACGUGUGCAGAGCUGGAUUUAUGCACACACAUACACACAGAUGUUGCAUGCACACACACACUUAUAAGCAUAGACACAUGUAGAGUCUGGUUAAUCUGUACCACACCAUCCAUUGAGGCAAAGAGAGGCCCCUGAAGUAACUGCACACAUGUUUCUAUAACUGUUAGAGGUUAUAUCCAUGGACACAUUGUGGAGAUCUUACUUUCUCUCAAAAUGGUAAAGACAAGUUGGAACUCAAGGCCCAAAGUUUUCUUUCUUUUGGAGACCAUGUGAUCUGGACAAAGUAAACUACAAAGGCCUGUAAAACAGGAUCCAGCUUCCUCUUGGUUCAGUCAUAUGGUCAGGAAGAAUAACAAAUAGCAAUUGUUAAGGGUUCUUGGAAAGCCAUUUUUGUACCACUUCUGGUUUCUGUUAAGGGGCUCAGAGGGAGAACCUCUCCUUCUGCUACAAAUUAGACAUUUGGACAACAUAGAGAUAUUUUCAAAAAUCAGAUAUUAUCAAAGUUCUGGCUUAUUGAAUCAUAUGUGUGUGGGCAGGUAAGUCUGUAAAUGUUGGAGGCCAACAUAUCAGUAUAUCAACAUGCAGUGUGAUGAGUGCAUUUAUAAGAUUGGGUAGAAAUGUUUUACUUGGUUUAGUGUGUUGUCUUUCAUACAUAAUCAGUCAAUUGAUGUGUGUUACACAUUCACUUUAAAAUUUCAUCAGGAAAUGUGCACUCCAACAGUCUUGCAAUGUAAUACCAGUGACGAGGCACCUUAAUAACAAUUGUGAGAAAGAAACAUUGUAGGGAUAUUGAUGAAAAUGCCGCUUUUGAUGCAAAUAUUAAAUGUAAAAUCAAAGGAUAUUCAACAUUCCUAAAGUGUUUGUUCCUCUGUGACCUACACCCCCCUAUCUACAAGCCCUGUCCACUGCCAGUAAAAAGGUGGGUUCAGUUUUCCAGUAAGGGCUCCAUUUCCCAGUAAUGCCUCACUCACUCCUUGCCUCAGCCCUGGGGGAGGGAAUGACACAAGAGAGGGCUAGUCUUUCUUUGCCAAUGAGCGUUGAGCAAGCAGAGUCAUUGUCUGUCAGUCAGCUCCGUCAUGAGUUUUAAUGGUUUCCCAAUUGUGAAGUCCACAAAACCAGUGUGGCCUUUAUUGGACACUGAGUUUGUUGGAGAUGUAUUUUCUCCAAAAUGUAUUUCUCAAAAUUCUUGUCAUACUAGAAGCAGGAUUCGUUUUUUUUUUUUUUUUGCGUGUUGGUAAUUUUUCUGGAGAUACAAGUGUAAUCUACAACAGUUCCCUUUCCUGCCAAGUGCUAGAUUAAAAACCUUUUCUCUCCAUCAGGACAGAAAGAUAUAUCCCUUGAACGAUACAACUGGAAAUUGUAAAUGUGUCAUGUUGGAGCUACAGAUACUAGAAAAACUCUUGAUCAAGCAAUAUGGAUUAAUGUUGUGUCACUUAUCAUGGUGAUUGUUAAUGUUGUAGGCAAAACUUACAGGAUUACAGAUUGUGUACUUUUGAUGUAUACCUACAGUGCACAUCAUAUUGAUGAGAAAAUCGUAUCCAAGAGAAGGUGGUGGAGUUUAGUCUAGCUGGGAGCAACCAUCUGGCAGUGUGCGCCACAUAUCAAACAAAAUUGUUAAUAUCAGCAGAAAGUAUUGUUAAUUUGUAAAUAAGUCAGUUGUAAUCAUGAGUACAGGUUGUGUAGCAAUGUGUUGCUACAUCUAUCCUCUGGUGUCUACUUCUCUAUGCGGGUGUCAGAGCUUCUGUCGGAAGGCAGGCACACAGUUUAAACAAGGUGAGAAUGAGAUUUAAUUUGAGAGCAGAAAGUAGAAUAAAAGAUCCACAUUAUAUAAAUACAAUGAUUAUGUAAUUGAACAUUUUAAAAACUACAUUUAUGUUGUUUUCUUUAUUGAAAUGUUAAUUAUUACUAAGCGGCAACCUUUGAUUUUUCACACAGCCUGUAAUACAUAAAGAUUUAUAAUGCUUAUUUGAGCAGUAGAAGACCUCGUUCACUUUUGGAUGUUGUUGUCCAGACUAGGAAUUUUAGUCAACUCAUUUCAUCUGCUGCUGCAAAAGUUGCUGCGACACAUUUGUCACAUGAUGCAACGACUUUGAUCAAAAGUUUUCUUUGACAGUGUUUAUGCGGUUAAUAAACCAGCCUGUCAUCCUAUUUUUUUAGAUUUAAGGUUGUGUAAAAUCUUUGGCUGGUUUGUCCAGUUGUUUACCAUGUCUUGUUUUCUGUUUUUGGAAUUCACUCUAGCUCUUUCCUCUUACCCCUACUGAGAAUAAACAUGCAUUUCUGCAGUCAGCUGGCCUCUAGUUAAAGCCUUCACUGUAUACUGAGGUGCAGCUUUUUACAGCAAACAAAAGACAACAGAUUGGCUUUUGUCUUGGCUGCUUCUUUGAGGCCAACAUGGUGUGUGAGGGCCCUCAUACCAAUAUGAGAGCACUGUGCAGUGUUAUUUAAUGAGAGAGUUUUUCCAGGAGCUGGGCUCUGUCCCCUCUCUGGUGUUAUGUAAGCCUGUCGAGGAAUUUCUCCUCUCCCAGGAGAUCGGUGGUGACAAUAGUAUUCACUGCUUGCUGCUUCAGUAACCAAACUAUAAAAAGAUAUUGCCUCUUCAGGCCUUAAUGGUCUCUCAGUCAUUUUUUUUCUCUUUCUUCAUUACACCAGAACCGAAUAAGAGAUAAAAUGAGUAAUCCAUAGACAAGUGAUGUCCAACCUCCUCUUAUACUUAUACUGCAGUUUAACACACUGGAUCCCGAACUGUUCCCAAUGGUCAGUUCAGCAUCCCACCAUCCUGAAGCUGUCAGCUAUUGAUGUGUGAAAAGUAAUGUAUUUGUCCUGGGAUAGUGACAGGUUGGAGGGCAAACUCUUAACCUCGACAGCAGAAAAAGAAAUUUUUAAAAUGACCAUUUUGGCCUGGGAUGCGGCAGGGAAGCCCAUUAGCCUUUAUUUUGCUUAAUUAUAUUUUCCGUUCAUAUAAGUUUGUCCAAAACUCUCAAUUCCAGCAUUGUGAUGUUUAAGACAAUUGAAGUCUUCUCAAUCAACCCCCCCACCCAAUCUGUACAAUUCCUACUUGUUACUUCGUUACAAGGAUAUAGUGUAGGGGUGGGAAUCAAUAGUGGCCGCACAAUACGAUGUUAUCAGGAUAGGAUAUAUAAUGAUUUAUACAAUUUUCUCAACUGUUUGGCUAAUUUAGCAUUUGGCUUUCCUUUAUGUUUCUCUUAUUUACGCUGUAUUUUAUUUUCAUGUUGCACAUCUUGCAAACCUUAUAUAUGUAUUUGUUGUAUUUUCAAAUAUAUAUAAGAGUUUUUCUCCUGUUCAAUGAUGUCACCUCUGCCAACCUCACGGGACAAACAGUUGGUUUUAUUUUUCCAUUAUCAUAGGUUUGACUUCAUAUUAACAUUUAAUUUGAAAAAAUUGAUACUUGGUAAAUGAGAUGAUACGAUAUAUCACCAGACAAAAUAUCGCGCUACUAUGCUGUAUCAAUUGUUUUCUACCACCCCUAGUAUAGCGGUAACAUUUUACAACCUUUUUAUCAAGUAUUUUCUACAAUCAUCUUUUCCUUUAAUCAUUCGACAUAACUGGCCAUCGCUAAAAGGUCCUAGAAAAUCUUUGCUUCUGUAAGUAAGAAAAUUGGCUUUUUUUUCAAACUUGGCAAAUUUGUUUAAUUUCAUGAUAUAAGAAAAUCAGAGCUAGUGAUCCUCUCACAUAAUGAGCUGUGCAAAGCCUCUUACUUCAUUUUUAGCCGUAAUGGAGAAAGAGCUCUUUUCUCUUUAUUGAAUCUGCAGGGUAGAUAUCAAGUUUGUUUGCUUUGGAUUAAGCAUUUUUCAACACUUUUUUUUUUUUCAAUCCUCAGACCAUUUAACCCUUUGUUGAACAACAGUCUUUGACUAAAAAAUCAUUUUAUAAAAGUAUGAUUUUUGAACCUCUAUAAAUCCAUUAUGAAGAACACAGACAGAGUGAUUUAGGAUUUUCUUUGGAGCGUGCGUCUCUGUUAGCAGAAAGGGGCUCAGCUACAUUUUUAUAAGGAUAUAGAUGAUUUGUGCACACACAAGUGAAUGUCUGUUGUUGCUCAUCUGAGGCACUGGCGGUCACAUCGUGUGCGCUGUAAGUCUGUGUGAAGUGGAAAUGGAAAAUUGGAUUACAUCAAAGGACUGCCCUUUGCUUGCUGUGAUGUCACCCUCAGAUAUACAAACACAUAAGCAGCUCCAUCUGAAAGACACAUAAUGACAUGAUAAUCCUACAAAGUGUCACUCAAUGCUUUAGAUUAAUUUGUUGACACCAUGACAACACCCUGGCGGUGCAUGUGCACUGCGUCCCAGCAACACACGCACACGGACACUCACAAACAAAUAGCCUUUAUGUCGUAGGGGUGGGGGGUGUUACUGAGGCGGACUGAGAGUGGACGGAGAGUGGUUGCCGGGCAAUGAGCGCCCACAAUGCAUCAUGUUAGGAUGAGGUGAAGUUGAACUAAUCAGUUUGACGGCCUUCCAAAGCCCUUGUAUCUCCUUAGGGGCCAUUUUUGUUGAGGAAGACAGUAGGAUGUUCAGUUGCAGUGGGAGGUCUGAGUUUAAUUGCUGUGGGUCACACAUCUCCACAAUCUUACUUCUCCUUGUAAACUUUAAUUGUUCUUUUAUGUAGUUGUGGAGAAGAAGACUAUUACUUAAAACAUAUGCUGGUUGGUUAUGUGAUCACCAGUUUCGCUCCCCCCCCUCUCUGGAGCUCACUAGCAGAGAAUGUUUGUAAGGAAACCUAACCCAAUACUGACGCUGAUACAAGGCCAGAGGAAUUCCUGUAACUUGAGUUUAUACCUCCUGGGUUCUCUUUUCCCCUUCGCUCUCUCCCUCUCACACACACCCACUGGGUAUUUCCUCCUGCCAUUCUCAUCAGUGCUCUUUUUCAGCUCUCUGUUCGAAACAAUGCACAUUAUGCAUGCAGAAAGUCUCAACUUGAUUUAGCAGCUGUUGCUGACCGUUGAGGGGGAAAAUGAUCGCAUAGCAUCACUCCUGGAAGUGCGAGUGUGAAGCAGCAGUGUUUUCCUUCCUAAGAGCAUCUCCCAUCUGUAUGUAGUUAUCCUCUGAAGAGGACUGUAGUGUGUGUGAGGGUGUGCGUCUGUGUGUUUCUACACAGCCAGCAGAAAUGGAUUAUAAGAAGUUGGACUUCCAGGGUUUUAAUGUGCAACAUGUGCCCAGUAAUUAGAGAGCAUUCCCUGUUUCCUGUGUGUUGUGAAUGUGUUUCAUGUAGACUAAGAAAAAGUAUGUAUGUGUGUCUCUGCUUUGAUGUCCACUGGAGGACUUUGGGCUAUAUAAAUUUAAUGGAUAGAAAGGAAGGCAUUUAUCACAUUCUCUUUGACAACGGGAUUUAAAACCCAAUUGGGGGGCUGGAACCUGGUACUUCCUACUCAGUGACCGGGUACAGACAGGAUUUUAAUUGGCCAUUAUUUGACCUCACUCAACAGGAUUGUGCUGUUAACACAUUUGACAUUAGGCUCUGCACCCUUUUUUUGGAGGACAAAGCGUUGCUUCCAGCUACUAUUGUCUCUUGUGCACGAAAGUCCAAGUAUUCUUUUUCAUUGUUGCAGAGUGAACAAACAAGAUGACUCAACAAGCUUGUUUGAGUUGCGGAAACGUUGCAGUAAGGCCAUGAUACACCAGAAGAAAGGCAUCUCUUUUAUUGUUUCACCUAGACUGAAUACUAGGGGUGUGUGAAAUGUUCUAAAUUUACCCGAUACCUUUUGGGGGUUUUUGUUAAUGACAGUGGGUAAUGAUAUUUCAAAUUACUUAAAUGAGAGUUUUUCAUAGUCAUAUUCUGUGUGCCUGUAAACCUUCAUAUAAUUAAACUAGGUAGUUGUCAAGCCAUCUUUAGCAGCAGCCAUUUACUGACAUAUGAUGCGUUCGAAGUCAGAAGUCUGAUCUGAAAAUGACGUCACACUCAAGUUACCAGCCUUUCAGUUACCAAGUCGGAAAAAAGCAAAAUCAAAGGCCUGAAACAAGAUGGCUACAUCUACGAAAGUCAUUUUAGCACUUGCCUUAUACUCGCACAAGGCAAGCGCUAAAAUAACUUUUGUUUCCGAUUUUGCAUUUUUCCGACUUUGUAACCGAAAUGCUGGUAACUCGAGUGUGACGUAAUUUUCAGCUUAAUGCUUGAACGCAGCAUUCGUCUGAAGAUGUUUUGUUUUGGUUUUUUUUGCCACGACUUCCUUUUCAAAGUCGAACCAUCUCCAUGCAACUGAUUAAAUCUUAUUUGGUCUGUUUAAGGGCGUGUGGUGUUGGUGCUUAGGCAACUGACACUGUUCGUCAACUCAUUUUGUAACUUUAGCCAUGAAAGUAGCUAUGCUGGCUUAGCUUGUUGUGAUGUAUGAACACUGCAUGUGUUCUUAAUGUGCAUGCACACUGGUCUGUUUUGUACGGCUUUAUCAUAUCCAGUGUCAAUGCAUGGACUCUAAAGACAGGUUUUGCUGUUUAUGUAGACUGCUACUAGUUGGAUACAAGGUAGAGGCACACGCACAUUUCAAGAUUUUUAACUUGAGAUCUUUGUAUAAGUAUAUUUCAAUUCUGUUUACUCUCUGGUCUGCCUGAUGAAGGAAAAAAAUGUUUUUCUCCUUCAUCAGGCAGACCAGAUCAUGUUGAUGUCCCCGCCCACUUGUGUAUCCAGGCCAUGUUCCUUUAAAGGCCAUGCUUUUUAGGCUGCCACGUUGGUAUGCCAGCCAUGCACAUGUGUGUAUGUGUGUGACAAAGAGGGGGUGGGGUGGGGGGGUGGAUGAGGCCUUUGAGGACGGAGCAAAACAAUAAUUGUUUGUCAUCUGUGCUGCAAAUGAUCAUUUUAAUGUGAUGCUCUGGGCUGCACCUGACUUAUGUUUUUAUCAGUAUGUUUUAUCAGAGUAGUCAUAGUAAACAAAACAUUAAGCAGAGGAAAGAGUGGUGUUGUGGUCAUUCAUACAGGGUCAUUCAAGUAGUUAGUGACUUUUAAGUGCUCUUUUAAUGUUACAAAGGAAAGCUAGAUCAUAACUGUGUGCAUGCCGACAUUUGUUCCUUUCGUUUCAUUCACAGUUUUUUUUUAGCUGUGCUUUAAAACGUGCCUCCCUCUCAUGUUUCUCCCUCCUUCUUUUCCUCACAGUCUUAAUAUUUUUUAAAACCUCUUUCUACUCAGUUAAUUUUUGUCCUCCCCCUUCACCCCCACCCAUUCACUUCCUUGGCUCCUUUCUUUCUGCUCAAGCAGAAAACCGAGGACAGUCAGUCACAUGCUUGCAGGGUAAGGAGGCCAGCUGACUGUGGUUUGUUUUCCUUCUCCGCUGUGGGCCUGUCCAAUCAGGUUGCCGGCUUACAGCCACCGCCCCCCGUGUUGUAUCUGGCAGAGUUUCAAAACAUCGGCAGGCAUGUGCGUGUUGUGUCCGUGGCAACAAGCCAACAGGGGUUGCCACGAGAGGGUGGGGUGGCGGUAAAGGACUGGAAAACACUAAAGUGAACGAAAGAGAAGAGGGAUGUACUGAACAGAGAAAGGGAGGAAAAAACUGAAUAUGAACAGUAGUGGAGGCUGUCUGGAAAAGAUGACAGCCGGUGUCUGAGUUCCAUAAAAGGAGCUUUGUCUGGCAGAUGGUAUUAGUGGGAUUUCUGGGAAUGUUGGGAUUGGGUAGUCCAAAGAUUAAGCAGCCUGGACAUACCAGACUGGCUUUUAGCAUGUGCUGUCUAUCUGCCCUUUUCGUAAGAGAAGUCACUCUCUCAAUCUGUUUCCCAUUCUCUAAAUCAGCAUCUCUACUUUAGCAGACUUAGAGUCAAGUUCAUUCUCAGAUCAAUUAUUCAGAGAGCGAAGUUUGUUGGUUUGUAUUAUAAACUGGCUAACCUAAUCUCUCCACAUUAUAGUAGCUGUAAAUUUGCAUAUUUUUUUCUGAAACACUCCAGUGGUGAAGCCAAACCUUCAACACAUGCCUCUUCAUGAUGUUUAAAAUGGUCUUAUCUCAUCCAAAGAGGCUCAUGAGACUCUCAGAAUGUAUUCAUAAUUCUGAAUUUAGCUCUUUGAACUGAUAUGCUGUUCAAAACCAGCACAAUUUACUUUUUAUUUUUCUUUCUUUUUUUUAAUUAAAUUGUUUUUGCUCAUAGCUUCCAUCCUCUGAAACCUACUCUUUUGGGGCUGUCAUUGAGGAAUGUUUGGGUAACACCUCUGUACUAACUUUAGUUUGACAACUUGGGUCCUUUUAUUUUGUAGGGUUUAAAAUGGAGACCGAAAUAAAGACAUUUAUAUUCUACUUUAUCAUGAGAAGUCCAUGGCUGAUUCGCUGACACUUAAUCAUGCAACCCUUUCUCAGAAAAAAAACAUGCAAAAGUAGUUAUCUCUUUUUGUCUUUAAGCAUUAGAUUUUUGUCAAAAAGAAACUUAUUUGCCGUUUAAGGGUAUCAUGUUUAGAUGAAAAUGUGGAUUAUUAAGUGAGCGAAAAAGGAAGAUGAUUGUGUAAAGGGCAUUUAGGACUUCUCUUGAUAGUUAUCUGAACAAAAUUAAGUAAAAUGUUUGACAAAAACCAAUGAGGAAUUAUGAAGAAAGUAUUAAUUUUUGAAGCAGGAUUUAUGUAUUUCCUUUAAGGAACUGCUUGUAUUGAAUAUUUUUGGCUCAAGUUGCUUAACAAACUGUUAUCUGAGGUCAGCUUCUUGGAAUGUCUCUUUAGUGGGUGUGUGCAUUUGUGUUCAUACGUUUCUGACCUUUCUUGUUUCUGUUUGUUGACAUGCAGUUAAAGCAAGAGCACACAGUCCUGAGGCACUGGCACAGUUUAGGAAAAAACAAGCCAACGACUGCACUGCUAAUUCCUUUUGUCAAAAAGACAUUCUUUGGAGUAACGUAAGCGUGUACGGAACAGCGGUGUCUGAAACUGUGGAGUCUCUUGUGCGUUGCGGCGCAAAAAUUUAAACAAAAAAAUGAAGUCAUACGAGGCGUUUCUGUGCUGAUUAAUUUAGUCCCCCUGGGUCUAAUGUAUUGUAUUGUAAUUUAAUUUAAUGUACUGGAUUAAUAGGAGCCCCAGCAACUCUUAACAGUUUUAUUUUCAUGCUUCAAAUUUAUUUUUACUUUUUAAAUUUGAUUUCCCAAAACAAACAGUUUCAUUACAAGAUUUGAGUCACAUAAGCUCCAGUUUUGAAUUGCCUCCAAAACAAGAUCUGAAGUUAAUGGACAUUUUUCUUGCAUGUAACAGAGGUUAUGGAACAAGAUUGAAACCGUUGUGUAAUGGCAUUAGGACACAACCUUUGUAGAUGCAUAACUAUCUCACUGUCAGUGGUGAAGUUUGAGAGAGAGAACGUGCUUUCGCAGCUCCCGGAGCAGCCCUAGUUUUUCUGGCACAACAGUGUGACAUUACAUGGCCCUCAUCCCUUCCCCCCGCUCUGCUGUGCAUGCAGGCAGCGAGUGCUGGAUGGAGCGAUUUUACUGGCUAGCUGAGCUCGUGCCCUCUCCCCCAGUUCCCAGUACCUCUGAGGGGAGGGAGGGAGAGAGGGAGGGCAGGGGGCUGAUCCUGCUGCUGCCGCCUGUGUUAGCACAAGGCCAGAGUCCUUCUCAUCCUGCAUAUUCAAAUGUUUCAUCAAAGAUUUAUCGAUAUUCCUAUUUAAACCUGUGGUUUGAUACUGAAUGUAUGCAUGAGCUAUCAGAAAUACCCUCAGAAAGGUCAAAUGGCAUUCUCAUUAUGUUUUAAUGCAGAUGUGUGUAGAACAUUUUAGCUAAUACUAAUGAGAUUCUUGUCCCUGAAGAACUUUACAUUAUUUACAUGUUUUUUUUUCUGGAAUUCAGGAUCAACUUAGAAACUAAUCUAACUUUACAAAGCUGUAGUUGAAUGUGAAAUAACCCAACAACCAUUCAUUAGCAAUGUUCGGUGAUUCAGUGAAAUCAAAGCAAUUUAAAAAUGUUGUAGAUUUCAUGCAUCAUUUAACUGAAAUCUUCAGCUAAUUUUGAAUGGUUAUCAUCAUGAGUGGGGAUUAAACAAAAUAUUACGCCUGAUAUCCCGUCAGAGGCAUUUCUUUGGUUUUAUGAUGAGACGUUUUCAUAUACAUACACACACAAACAAUAUAAAUAUGUGGGUGUGUGUCCUAGUGUAAAUUCUUAAUGGAGGACCGUAAUGGGCAGGGAGGGCCAGUGAGAAACAUCCGGUGCACUAAUGAAAUACAAUAACUCACUUCCCCCCCAGUGUGGCCAAGCUUUCUUGCUCUGAGCUUUAUAACUGCAGACGGUAUCUUUCCAGCCUCUCCAACAGCUAAAACAGAAAACAAGUUUGCUUUUACCUUUGUGCUUCUACCUUUGUUAGUGUCAGAAUAUGUGCUAUGAUUAUAAUCAAAUAAAUUCCUUAUGUCUGACACUUGGCCAGAGGCUUGCCCCUGGUUUAUAUUCUGUGGAAUUUACUCCUCUGCUAGCAUGUCACCACGCCUUAUUCAUGCUAUUUCAAGUUGUUUUUCAACACACGGCGUCACAUGAACAAUUGAACCCUUUGGUUUGUCCUUGCAUGUGUUAGGAUAUCCUUCAUAUACAGUCUGUGGCACGGCUAUAAGUGUUUAGAAGAACAACCACAUUUCUAACUGGCAAAGAGGUGUUUUUUUAAGUGUUUAGAAAUUAGGUUAGUCCUGGAUUAAUUAAAAAAUAUUGUAUUUUUUAAAAGCAUGUUAAUGUUGGGUUUGAGCAAGAAGGAUGUAAAGAUAAAGGCAAGGGAAAGGGAACAGGACCCUGCCAUGAAGACCUCUGGGAAGAGCCAGUAUCCUGCAUAGGUCAAUAAUAUUGACUGAAGUUCCAAGAGGCUGAUGUGUUAUGUAAUCUACAACCUUGUGUGUCUGAGUUAGUGUGUUGCACCUCGAGGACUGUUGAGCUGUUGACGACACAUCAGUAGCAGAUUGCAUUUAAGACAUCUGACGCCUCAUGCAUGUAUUUGUUAUAGGAUCUAGUCCUGAGAAAUUGAACUCCAGUGUUUCAAUCAGAGGCGCCUUUUCUUCUGCUCUUCAUUGUCAUGUUUAUCUUCCACAUAGUCUUUCAACCUCAGAAAACACCGUCAGAAGAUAAGAUACUAGGGGUUUUACAUUCAGUCUUUUAGUGAUAUAUAUAGGGAAGAGGAUUAGGGCCACUCAAAUUUUUUUUUUUCAAAUUAUUAUUCUGAGAAAAUAAUUCAGAAUUCUGACUUUAAACUCAAAAUAAUAAUUUUAAAAAAUAUAUAUUGGCCUUUUUUCCAGUGGCCCUAAUCCUCUUCUGUAAAUAUAAAAGUUCAAUGUUGAAAUGUUUCUUUUACAUGCCAGUUGCUGUAGCUGACGUUCUGUAACUACUGUAUGUACUGCCCUUUAGUUUUAUUUUUUUUUAAUAGAAAUAGAAAACCUUUACCACAUAUUAUUUCAAUUCAAAGUGAAAAUCAACAGUAUUUUUAGCAAUGGUGUUCCAGCAAAAGUUUGAAUUUGAAAAUUAAACAACACAAAUCCAGCUCAUGGAGGUGUACAGGUCACUUUUGGUUGCAUGCCAGUGGAGAGGAAACAUGAUGUAAUAGACUUUAUUUGGAAGUUCCUUUCCAGGGGCCGCAAAAGGACCGUAAACAAGGAGGAUAUAAGGCACUAAGGAGCAAAAGGCUCAUUUCAUUUAAAAAUAUAUAAUAUCUACCAAAAAAAAAUGCUUACAUUCAUUGGCCAGCACUACAACAUUAAAGAGAUGCUACAUAUUUCACUCUAGCACUAUCUAAUACCAAGCGAGGAACACCUGGGCCCACACUGGGUCAGUUAUGAUUAAUUAUGUUUUGAUUUUUAAGCAUUCUAUAAAUUAGAGACUUAACAUAACAUACCAUGAUUUUCCUGAUUUUGUCCUGUACUCAUGUGAGGUGGGCUUACAUACUAAAAUUUACCACUCCAAAAUUUCUUGAUGGGUGAUACUUAAGCUGUUUUCCUAGUGUGUGGUUAAUCUGUUUAUAUGACUUAUACCCUGUAGCAAAAGUUUCAGACAUGAAAUACUCAUCAAAAUAUAAAUAAUAUAUGUUGUGAGUUAUGGUCUCAUGCACAUAAAGAUCGCAAAUAUAGAGCAAAACUUUGGUAAAAAUGGUUCAGAUUUAAAUGAUGAUUGCAUAAUGAAGAAAACAUGUUGAAAUAUAUAAAUAUUUAAUUAUUUGUUUGUUUAUUUUUAUUUAUGUAUUUAUACUUAUUUAUCAUGACACUCCUCAUGUUGUUGUUCAUACUGCAACAGUUUCAUUUGAUGCUCUUGAAUGCUGCUGACCUCAGUCCUGUCCAUUCAGUGGGCCAGUCUCUGAUCAGAAUGCAACAUGUCAUGGCACCAUCAAUCUGCCCGUCCCUCACCCCCCAACAGCCUAAGCCCUGCGUCCAUCAUCCUCCACCUCCACCUUCCUCCUCCACUCCAGUCCAGCUGCAUUCCAAGCCUUUGUGCAUCCUGUCCCCUUGGAAUUUGGAAAUGUUAAAGGGUGGGCUUUUGGGAGUAGGGGGGGUAGGUGGGGGUGGGAUUGGAUAAGAGGGCAGAGGAGGGGAGGGCAGUGAGUGACAGAGGCUGCAGCGAGUGUGGUAGAAAUCAGGGCUCAGCAGAAAGAGAGACAGCAAGAUAGAAACCAUGAGAAGCUUUAGGAGAGGCUAGGACGGAGGAGGAAGUCAGAUAAAGGGGGGUGUGUGCAUCUCAUUAGAUUAUGCCGCUCCCCAGGGGAACAGUCUUUAUUGAUGGAUUGAUUGCAGGCCCCUCCCCAUCCACCCAGAUCACUUGCUAUUGGAGGCCAUUGAUCUAACGUCUCUUUGGGAUAUGAUGGGCAGCGCAUAUUUAAUUAGCCUUCAAUUACAAAUUACUGGGGGUUUUAAAGCAAAAGUUAAGGUUUGAGCAACAAAGUUUAAAUGACGUUUUUCUCUCUAAUCCCCAGAGAUACUUUGUCAACCAAUACCACUUUGUCAGUCAUCCCUAUGCCAGGGAUUUCUGCUGGAAACAAACAUGACAAGAACAUUAUGUAAUGUAGUUGUUUGUUUCUAAAUAAGACAAUAAACAAAUUCUGACAACUUAUUGGUCUGUAAUGAGAAAGAUGCACCUCAAACUUUUAAGUUCAGACUCCAGUGGGCAUGACACUUGAGAUGCUUAGUUACAAUGAAUGCAAUGAAUGGUUUAAGAUGUGAAAUGUGAAAAAGUUGUCUCUGCCCCUUCUCUCUUUUUGGAUGCUAACAGAAUGGGUAUUGAUUGAGUCUUGGGGGGUCUUAAGUCCUUCUGGGCUUCUAUUGUCUCCUUGUGUCUUAGAAGAGAGAAGCUUUGUUAUUAACAUGCUCAUCCCGCAGGAUUUGUUUUAUUGCCAGCCUUCUGGUGACUUGCAAAGUUAUACACAGCUUGUCACAGAUGGAUGUCACAGUCCAAACUGUGCUGAAUCUUACAGUAUACAAUUUACACAUCUUUAUUUACUUUUGAUUUGAGUACAGGUCACAUUUAGGCUAAGGUUGUAGGCACAUGGUUCUUAGGAUUCCAGCUUCAUUCGGAGCUCAAAUGUCAAAUUAAUAGUCUUGUCUAACAGUUAGUAACCUCUUUUUGCGUGUUUAUCAAGUGGCCAGAACAGAUGUGACUUAAAAGACAUUUUAUCAUUUAGAGAACGUCUCCAGAGUGUGCCAGUUUCUCUCUCAAGCCAAUGCAGAGACUCUUGUUUAUGCUUUUAUCACCAACAUUUCACAGCUGCAUGCAUGCUGUCGAAGACCAGGAAGAGUAUCUGCAUUGGCUACCUUUGUCUUUGAGAGCAGAUUUUAAGGCUCUUUUAUUGGUCUUUAAAUCUCUUAAUGGUCUUGAUUCUUCCUACUUAUGUGGUUUGAUUUUUACUGUAUGAGCCCAGUAGAGCCCUCAGGUCUUCAGGUAGUGGUUUUUUAACCGUUCCUUAAGUAAAAACCAAAACAUUGAGUGAAUCAUCAUUUCAAUAUUGUGGCCCCUGUCCGUGGAAAAGUCUACCUGCAGACCUGCAUUUUUAAAAGUCAACUCAAGACCUACCUUUUCACUCUGGCUUUCAGCUGAUUUUGUUUUAUAUCUUAAUCUACAUUACGCCUCUUUUGGAGUUAUGAUCUUGCUUUUAUGACCUCUUUUUAUUUAGUUUCUGUAUUGUUUGGUUUUAAGAUUGUUUUUUUGAAUUAGCUUUAUUAUGCUUAUCAUGGUUUUAUCGGCUUAGUCUUAGGACCGGUGUUUCCUCAUUUUUAACUCAAGACAGCAUUUCCUCUAUCUCUAUCUAUCAUCUAUGGCAGCUUAAAGAGUCCUCACUCAGUGUCCUUGUGUGUGUGUUGGUUUGGAUAAAUAAAGUUUAAAUGAUCGAUUGGUUGAUAAAGUCGAUGUUCCAGUAGAUGAAGUUUGAGUUUACGCUGGUAUUGAACACCAAACUAAUCCUUCACAUCUUUCUCUCUUUUUUUCAGGUAUUUCUCUUCUUCUGUGAAACCUGCACUGUGCCUAUCUGCAGGGAGUGCAGUGUGGGACGUCAUAUGGGCCACACCUUUGUUUAUCUACAAGACGCUGUACAGGACUGCAGGGCCAUCACCAUCCAGUUGUUGGCAGAUGCACAGCAGGGGCGACAGGCCGUGCAGGUGAGACACAGGCGAAAACUGUCAAUAGACGAGGUUUUUUUUGGUCUUCUACAUGUUGGUUCUGCGUGUCAGAUCUGCUUCCAAAGAGGCAAACAUGAAUACUUCUUCUAUUUUGAGGUAAUGCAAGGUGCUGUAAAUUGUGAAAAUCAGAAAACAAGUUGGAGAGAACAUAAUAGAAGACCUUACUUAGAUCUUUUAUAAGGGUCAAAGUCUUUUAAGUGGUAAGGUAAGCAAGUAACUACUGCAUAAUUACACCAAGUCUGAAAAAACCUUCUUUAUAAGGGUGAAACAACGUAAAUCUUCACUCAUCCAGCUCCUAGUGGUAUGAAGGAGAAGCUGAGUAGAGCAGCUGUGCCGCCCGGACGUCCCUCAGCACACAGCAAUCAACUGUUGGAGAUGAUCAGCUUGAAUAUGUUUGAGAGUGACCAGUCCUGGCCUGCUGGGAAGCCUGGGGUUAGAGGUGUCCAGCUGGCCCUGAAAAGGGCUGGGUCACAUGGGGUGAUAUCUGAUGGGGGGGCAGGGCCGCAGGUCAAAGGGGAGGAGGAGUGGAGGAGAGGCUGGGGGAGGGUGGGUCAGGUAUUUAAAGGAUUUCAGAGAAAGGAAAACCCCUCCUCUUUGAAAGAAAUUGAACACUAUGCCCUCCCCCUAUUCAGUCACUCCCUCACUCUCCCCACCUCCUUUCACUCUGUACUCCCACAAACACACACACACACACACCGCUGCCUCUUUUCAUUUACGUAAUCACAGAUCACCCAGCUCCCCCUGUGAUUGUAGCUCAUACAUUGAAACAGUGUGAAAGAGGAUGAACAUUUCACUAGCAGUCCUGAAAAGCCCAGUAACAGUGUUCAUUUUUAUCAUGUUCAAAAGCAACACACACUAUCUUCUAACUGACCUGGACAGAUUAGGAUUGGUUUGACUUACAGUAUGCUGAUACACUUGAUAAAUGACCAGUCAAUUCGCCAUUACUUUUAAAAAUGAAAAUAUUUUGAUAAACGAUUGAUUAAGUUCAGUGUUUAAAGCAAAAGGACUGUUCUCACAGUUUUUUGGUGCUGCGGUAUUUACACAAUAUCUAUGCAACAGUUUUUAGCAGAUGUGAACCAUGCUUCCCAUCUUAGACUUAACUAAGUUUGGAAAUAUCUAGGUGCUACGCUUGUGAUGGGUUUUAAUGAUACAAACAUUAUGAUAUACGGAAAGAAGACUUGAAUUAGAAUUGAGACUCUUUUGCGAUUCAGUUUUUUUAUUUAUUUAUAUUUUUAUGUAGCCUGAAAAGACAGCUCUCAAGACUUCUUAUUAUCCAGGCAUGAUUUUCAUGAUUUUCAGUUUUACCUGACCUUGCCUUUAAAAGAAAAACAAAGUGUCACGUUACCUGAUUGUUUUCAUUUCCUUUGUUUCAUUUGUUUUCCUGGUAAUGUAACUGGCGUGCAUUAGCUGACAGCUUACAACUUAUUUGCGUUCAGUGGUAGAAGUAUACACAGUAGGCAGCAGCAGAGCGUCUAUUCUUUCUUCUACAGUUGGUUUCUAUAGUAACUGGACACUGCUCUUGUCACCCUUUAACUUUCUGUAACUCUUUCUUUUUAAGUAUGGUAAGAAGUAAAAAGUUCUGAAAUAGUGUCCAAUUAGAUUCUCUACCCAGAAUGAAAUGAAGUUGUCCUUGGUAUUUAAGACUAAAUGUGCUGUUUUUUCAAAAGCUAUGGAUAAUCUACAAACCAAAAACUGUGCUUGGAACUUAAGCAGAAGACUUCAUUGAGAGACAGGACAGGAAAUAAAGUUUUUAUGUCAAACAUUUCUUGGGAAAGGACUUCCAGACCCCAUCUUAUUACAGUAUAUGUACCAUGGGCUGGGGGCUAUAGUUCAGCUAAAGCCAGUUAUAUAUUGUCAUUUAUUAAACACAAACAGCCUAGGGUGCAGAUUUUGAAACACACAAGUACAAUAUUGUUAGUCAUUUAUUUGUGGAGUUAAGAUUUAAACAUGUCCCACUCUCUGCUCUGUACAUUGCUUUUAUGACAUUUGAGUGUUGAUUUUAGCUUCUCAUCAUGUUUGAAAUGAUGUUGUUUUCCCAUAUUUAUCAUAAAGCAGUACUUUUUUACACUAUACAGUUACGUAGAUAAGGUAAAGUAUUAUAUAACGUCAUUUCGCCUAUUGUGAGAAGCUUUAUAUUUCUUUCUUCCUAUCCAGCGUCAUUAUUUGUUGUGUGUUGAAUCAGGUGUAGGUUAAAGGAAGUGGUCGCUCACAUAGAUGUUAGUGGGCCUUGAAGGUGGGAUCGUGUUGAGACCUUGGUAAAGUAACUUAUGACGCAUGAAACACAAGCUAUUCCACUUAUGUCACAGUUGAAGGAGGCGUGUUAACCAGAAUGUUCUUAAAUUCCACAAUAACACAGACAGUUGACAACAGAUCUGUUCAGUGAAACCUGGGAAUUAAAUUGAAAACCAGGAACCACUACACUCACUUGUUCUCAACACAUUAGAGUCCACAGCACCAAAAUCUGUACCCUACACGCCAUCUUCCACAGGGUAAUACACAGCAUUGAGUGUGCUUUUGCCAGUUUGGUCCAAGGUCACCAUGGCAGUAAAUGCUGACGCCAGAUAAUAUGCGCGCACACACACACACAGACGCAUGCUCCUUUCCCCUGAGGUAGGAAAUUUCCGCCCACUCCACACCCAUUAUCACCCCUGAACUCUGACCCGAGACUCGUGACCUGCUGGUUGGCCGCAGUUCUUUGGAUUCUAAGCUUUGAUUGGUCAAUUUGACCCUCUUUGUGUUCCAAGUUGUGGUUUUCGGGGAAUUUUGGGAAAAAGACAAAAAGAGCGACAAAGUAGACUAAACAAAUGAAUUGAGGUCGCACUGAAGAGAAAGUAAAGUUCAGACGUAUGAGACGGAGGCAAAAUGAGUUCUCUCGUUGCACCUCAAGGAUAAAAACGAAACAAACGAAUGAGUUUAAAGGCCAUUAAAUUUAGAGAAAAUGAGAAGGUAGGGCCUGAAUACUUCCUUCUAUCUCCCUCCUCACUAUUGACAUCAGUUUUUCCUGAUUCUUUCCAGCCUGCUGUGCCCUCUCUGGGGGCCUGAUUUAGUUGACCCUUUAGUUGCCUAUCUCAAAUAGCCAGGCACCAGAGAAAAGGACCCUGCUGCCAGGCUUUGUUCCUGCAGGGGUUUAGUGGGGGUGGGCACUAUGUGUCUUAAGACAGGGGUUCCAGAUCAUGACCUGUUAGAGGUUUAGGUGACCUUUGAUCCUUGUGGUCGAUAUCACAAAGGAAGCCUUAUCCUACCUCCUCUUCAUGCCUGUGAGGUCCAGGCCACCCCAUGACCCCCCAGAAAACGCCAGAGGAAAAGCCAGAUAAAGAAACAGGAAAGUGUGCAAGUAGCCCAACCACUGACUUGUAAAACUUCAAACCUCUUACUGACAUGUAAAAAUUUCAAAGCAAAUUACAUACAGAUAGGGUGACAAAGACAGUGAGUGUCUCCAUUUCAAUGUCCUAAGGUUCUGCUUAUGUAAUUUAUGACAUACAGGAAAUGGUACACUGGACUUCUCUCAAUGGCAGAUUAUGGUAAUAACUAUGGAAAUGGUUGGACAAAUCAUGCAUUAAUCAAAUUAAAUAACAGGACAAGGUUGAACUACUUGUUACUUCACUGAUGAAUGCAGUCUGCAUACUAACAUGUUAUUGAAGUGGCCUGAGAUAACAUUUAGUGUACCUUUCAAAAGGAACCUUUUUUUUUUAGUACAAGUAAAGUUCCAUGUAAGAUUUUCUAGCUGGCUGGUUCAGAGUUUCCUGCUGCUGCUACUUUUACUUCUUCAUCCUCUCUCCGUUUUAUGAUGGGCAUUAGCUGAUGUCAUGAACCAUGACACCCCCUACUAUAAACCAGCAAAUAACACUAUUGCUGUCCACCUACUUUUAGCAAGAUAUCAGUUUUUUGUUUCAUUUAAAAGACUGUCAUCAACAAUUCAGGUAUAGUAUGGCAGACCUAGGUGUAUAUUGUUAUGUUUAAAAUCUUUGAAUAAUUUUUGGCAUUUUUUGUGAAACUUGUGUUUUUGUAUAUGACAUUAAUUGAGCUAAUAAAAGCAUUUAAAUCCCCUCUGUUCACACAACAAAAUAUGCCCAACUGAUUAAUACGAUACAAUAAGAAGUUUGUGAUAAUUCAGAGUAAUCUUGAGUUGAAUAAAAUGUUGAUGAAAAAGAAAUCAGACAAAAUAAUUUGAAGAAUUAAAACACAACAUACCAAUAAGGAGGUUUUGGAUGAUUAGAUUUUGAAACCACUUUGAGAAAUUCUCUUGAUGAUUCUGAUGAAUGCUUUAAACAAAAUCAGUAUAGUUUUUUUUUUUAGUAUGAAGACUGCAUUUCCCAUGAGCACCGUCAUCUAAGCAUCUUUAAGAUGAGGCAACUUGCCAAAAUGUGUAUUUCUUGUGGAAUCAAGUGAAUCAAUUUCAGAUCUUUUGUUUUGCUUCAACUUUUGAUUUAUAUAUAUAUAGAAUUAGAUGUUGCUAAUCAAUAACAAAACUAACCAUUGGUUAGCUUACAAUAGGUAAGCUGUAAUAUUACCUGUCACAGCCCUGGUAUCCCUCUAAACGUCCAAAUAACAUGAAUAUGCACAAGGUUGGAACAGUGCAGCAUUCACAAUUUAGCAAGAAUAUCGUCUAAAAAAUUAAAUCUUCCUGCCUUAAUGUCUCAAUUAACUAUAUGGGUCAUAAAGAGGGAUCAGUGAAGGAGUGACACAGUUGAAAUCUUCUCAGUGCUUGUAAACAUCAGGGGUUUAUUGGUACUUCAGCUGGCAGGAUGUGCAGAAUCUUGUGCAAAGUGACUUCCUAUUCCCGACCUUGUUUCCUUUUCCUCUCAGCAGCCGCCAAAUGUGGAAAAAUGAGCAGGUGUUGAUGCUCCCAUUUGUCAGGAAGAUGGCACACAUUGUCCUUUUUUUAAUACUUCCUCAUCCUUUUAAACCCCAUCUGAAUAAUAAAAGAGACCAGAUAGUGAGAUAAAUUCAACCUGUUGGACAGUCCUGCCUUGUUCUUUUUUUCAACACAAAUAAAGAGCCAAUAAUUCAUUGUUACUCAUCUCCUCGUCUGAUUUGUUUCAUAUUUCGUGUCUUACUAUUUGACUCACUGUAACUAAAUUUACAGCAGCGUGACUGUUGAACUACACUUGAAAGAUCAACUCCUUGAUUUUUGUCUCCACAGUUAAGCAUGGAGAAAGUCCAGGCUAUGGCUGAGCAGGUGGAAAUCAAAGCUAAGGUGGUGCAGACUGAAGUGAAGGCCCUUGUCCUCCGACACAAGAAAGCGCUGGAGGAGAGAGAGUGUGAACUACUGUGGAAGGUGAGCUCGAAUUUUGACCAAAAACCAGGAACCCUGAGAAAACUCAGUGAAUUUUGUCAUGAAGUAUCUGUUUUCAGCUUUUGUCAAAUUGAUCUCGAACAAUGUACAAAGGAAGGACUUACCAUCCUUACAAGAAUUCAAAGCUACACCCACACACUUAAACACAUACCUGAAUUCAAGUAAAACUGUACUUGCAGAGGCUUUAAUGUCCUCUGUGUGGUAUUGAUUGAUUAAAGUUGUUAAAACCAAGGGGUCAUUUGUUGAGCUGUAUUCAGAAACCCUCUGUAAGGGCCUCCCAGGUUUAAGGUUACCCAAAGUAUGAGAGGGGUUUUGGUUAAAAAAGCCCCCCGAGGCCCCUCACCCCUGGCUUUCAAAUCCCAUAACCUUAAAUGAAUAAAACACAUAAAAAAAGGAGACUACAAUGUACAGUACAUGCCAUUAUAUCAGUCACGCCUCUCAAGUGUGCGUUAUGUUGAUAAAUCCUGAAACAAGAUAGUUAAAUCUGCACUGUGCAGUUGUGCAUUUAUGUAUAUGUGCAAAUUUAUUGUCAUGGCCAUCAAAAAAAAAAACAAAGUAAGAAUUUAACAACGUACCCCCUGGUCUAACUUCACCCUUCUUUCUCCAUUUUUCUUGUGAGAGGGCUCAGUGACAUCGUAAAAAAGGAGCUGUGUCUUGCUGCCUUAGAUCUCCCAGCUCUCGGUGUGUAUGUGUGUGCGCAGGUCAAAAUGUCACAAGAUGGUUUUCACUUACUCAUGUUCCCCCUUUAAUCCCCUUUACACUGCGACAGGACUCCCUCUUAUCCCUGACCUGAUAAAGUCAUUACAGGCAACCACGGCACACCAGCGCAUAGUAUAUGUGUUCUACCUGAAUAUAAAUGAUUAGCCUCCAGACACUGAGCUGUGAGCACUGACUGAGCAACUUGCGUGCCAUAUUUUCUCAGUGUCCUUUCAAUUAAUUAAAAAAAACAAAAACGUUUGUCUAUGACAGAACUGAAGGACUAUCAUUCACAUUAAAUAAUAGAGUAAGAAGAACUGAGGGGGUGCCAAGAUGUAUUAUUGUUUGGAUAGGGAAAGGCUACCGUUUGUAAUUUUGGUUGGGCUGGGCAGUAGGGAUGGGCGAUAAAUUAUCGUUCAUGAUCGUCAGAAAAGUCCUUCAUGAUAAAUAUUUGCCAUCUCAUGAUACAUGUAGGUGCGAAUGACAGACUUGCAGCCAUAGCCCACCAGUGUUGUUUUCGUCAGGCAGGACGAAAACUUAAAUGACGACGUCAGACCCCUUUUUUCCUUGACGAAAAUGAGACUAAGACGAACGUCACCAAAGCUCUGUAAAGACUAAAAUGUGACGAAAAUUGUAUUCAUUUUCGUCAGACGAGAACGAGACGAGACUAAAUUGUUAUUAGGUGGACAAACAAAGUUUCAAAACAUGCUUUUUUUUGUCCUAACAGUCACGUCCCCAUCACACACGCACCAUAAGCCUCGCUCGCGCACAGCUGCGCGCACACACUCAUACACAUACACAGAGCGGCAGGUGGACGAGGCGCGCGCAAACACACACCGAGGCGGCAGGCACAGCAGCGGUGCCCAGUGGCCGAAAAAAGAGGGAUGAUUUUUGGUCCUACUUCAGAUACAGUCCAAGUGACAAUAAAACACAAUGUCUUGUAUGGGGACGGGGAGACGAGACAGACGACAGUUGUGGAGCCACAGCUUCCUCAUGCUGCGGCUUCAAACUGUCGGGAAAGAACACCAUGAACCUCAAAAGGCACCUUUUCGUCGACUAAAACUAGACUAAAACCUUUUGAGUUUUCGUCGGACUAAAACUAGACGAAAACUAUCAAGGAUAGAAAUGACUAAAAUGGGACUAAAACGAAGAAGCAUUUCGUCAAAAUGACUAAGACUAAAACUAAAUCUAAAAUGCCUGCCAAAAACAACACUGUAGCCCACACAAAGCAGAAUAACAAACAUGGCUCAAGGUAAUGAAGAAGACGUUUCUGAGCAGUAAGAGUUUUCAACAAAUGUUAAAAAUGUUUUCACAUUUAAGACUUGUUUGAUGUCACUAGUUUUCUCCAUAACCUACCACUUAAACUUGCGGUUAAGUAUCUUAUUGGACUACUCCAUUAAUGUUCUUAGGACAAAAUGAGUCAAAAAUAGAUACUGGAAUUAUAAUAUUUUUAAUCAGGACUUUUAUCGUUAUCACCAGAAUGGCAAAUCUUAUUGUGAUGAAUUUUUUAGCCCAUAUCGCCCACCCCUAGUGGGCAGAAGCUGACUUGGGGCAUCGGUAAGAAUAGUAUGACUGCUAAAAAAAAACUAAUUUGGUGAUCAAAAAUGCUCAUUCAAGAAGUGAUGCUGGAUAAAAGCUUUAUACAUCUUCCUGUAGGUUGUUGUCAUGUGGCCAAAAGAUUGUGAAAUAGGUUUCAACAAAGGUACUUGACUCAUGGUUUGCAGAUCCGCUUCACUCUUCACUUUUAUUUAAUCUACCAUCCUCUGCUUGCUCACGCUACUUCGCUGUCUCCAGCCUAGGUGUGGUUAACUUGCUAGUUGAGCUAAACAAAUUCCAGCGAGGCAGAGAUCCGUUAACACUUCCUGCUCUGCAAGGAAGCUCUGAUGGCACCUGUGUCUCUGCCGCAAAGUACAGCAAGAAAUCUAAAUGAUCUCCACCUGUGAACGUCAGGUUGGAUUUGAGAGUGUCCUGUGAAUGUAAGACUGUAAUGAACAUUGAUUGUUGCUCAACAAAUAGGUCAAAGGAGAGCAAAUCGUACCCUCCCUCUCUGUCACCCAGGUAUAUUCGGUGCACAGAUGUCAGACGCUAAACACAGCGACUCUGCCUUUGAGUGUUUUAUUAUUUUACUGAAGCAACUGAAACUAGUAAUCCAACCAUCAGAAGGCCUAACUUAAGUCUUUGUCCUGAGUGACUAUAAAGUGUAACUCUAGUCUCUCAGAUGCAAAUUGUAGUGCCACGUAUGUCGGGGAAUAACAAAAGACCCCUCUUUUUGUACCCUUUUUGUUUCUUUCGACAUUCUGCCCUGCUAUUAAAAGUCCUUCUGACUACAGAGGCAGUCAGGCUAUUGUGUUUUACUCCUUUUGUCGGGUAACUGGAAGGAAGCCUGAACCAAGCUUCUCAGGUUCUAUCACCACCUUUUAUGUUUUUUUUUCCCCUCACUGCCUGUACUGCCAUUUUAUCCGUUUGUAUAAAGCAGGAAAGAAACAGACAGUUGUUGAAGUUAAUGGCCCAUACACUGUUAUUGUAAUGAGCUGAAAAUGUGUCCACCGGUAACACUUUGGUCUUGUUUUGAAUUUUGCCAACCCUCGUAGUCAGCAUCUGUGAAAAACAGUCCUGGAAAAGAUGCACAGUGUAUUUUUUUGUCGUCUGUUGUAUAAAAAGCAGUAAUUUAAGAAAUCUGUCCAAACUAAAGCUGUUUUAUUUUUGUUGCAAAAGAAGUCGAAUAAUGGAAAAAAAAAGGUCCACCACUUUCUACACAGACAGAUUUCAGAAAUACACCAUUCCAAAAAAUACAGUGAUUGAAAUUUAUGUCUCCUGCAUCUUUCUCUGCCACCACAUGUCAGCACAUUACUGCCAUCCUGUGGUGAAGUUCCUGUGACAGUAUCCAGGUGGUGUCAUGCCACUGUUAUGUGACUUAUUCUUAUACUUUGUCAUGUUCAUGGGCACUUUUUUAUUGUCAUCACAUUUCAACAGAAUUCCUUAAACAGAAUUACUGUCUGAUUUGGAUGAACAGCACCGAGGACAACACAGGGUUGCUUUCAAAAAAGUGAUCUUUAUCCAGUCAAAAGGAUGCAGCCAUCAUGAAGAGGAUUGAUGAUUGUUGUAUCUUGAUUUUUAAUGCCUGAAAAUGGUGCAAGGAGAGGAGAUGUCAGCUGGGCAGCUGAAGAAACGGUUCUGUUUAUGAUUUUUUUUUCUAUAUAACAUACCCAUACCAAAUGAUAGAUUUGAUGAUCAUCAGGAGUCAGAGAGGUGUAAAGAUUUUUUUUUUGUUAUAUGAUGAACAAGAUAAGCAAAGACUGCUCAUUCCACAUGGGUGCUGAUAUUUACACAGACUGAAAGUUCCUCACAGAAGUUCUAACAUCGUGUUCUCUAGUAUUCUGUAACACAAAAGUACCUUAAAUGCUGUUUAAACAAUGUAAUCCUACUUGGUGAUUUUCAAUAUUCUCUCGUUCUGCCUCCUAUCAGGUGGAAAAGAUCCGUCAGGUGAAGGCCAAGUCUCUGUACUUGCAAGUGGAGAAACUGCAUCAGAGUCUGACUAAGUUGGACAGCACCAUCGCUGCUGUGAGCCAGGUGCUGGAUGAAGGCCGCCACAUCGACGUGUUGCUGGCCAGGGAGCGGAUGCUCACUCAGAUCCAUGAGCUGAAAGCCUUGAGGGGUCUACUGCAGCCACAGGAGGAUGAUCGCUUCAUGUUCACGCCUCCAGACCAGGUAGGCUGUCAGUCAUGGAUCAGAAACAUCACCUCAGGCAUCAUGAGAGUUUGUUGCUUGAAUUUCUAUCAUUUGUUCCUUAGGCUUUGUACAUAGCCAUCCAGUCCAUGGGUCUGAUCAGCAGCGGAGCGUUUGCCCCAGUCACCAAAGCCCAUGGCGAGGGUCUAAAAACUGCACUCCGUGGCAAGCCCACCUCCUUCACUGUGAUUGGAUAUGACCAUGAUGGUGAGCCGCGCCUGUCUGGCGGGGACACAGUGUCUGCAAUCGUCAUGUCAGUUACAGAUGGAAACCUGUCUGCAGCAGAGGUGACAGACCACCAGAACGGCUCCUACACAGUCAGCUACCUGCCCAAGUGUGAGGGGGAGCACCUUGUGUCGGUGUUGGUGUGUAACCAGCACAUCCAGGGCAGCCCCUUCAAGGUGAUCGUCAAGUCAGGUCGGAGCUACGGCUCCCUAGGCUCUCAAGUGUCAUCGUUCGGGUGUGAGGGGGAGGGAGACGGUCAGCUGUGUCGUCCCUGGGGCAUCAGCGUGGACAAGGAGGGAUAUGUGGUGGUGGCUGAUCGGAGCAACAACCGCAUACAGGUACAAUCACAGAUAUGUGUUUCAGCAGUGUGAUUUCAAGGUGACAAAGCACAGUCACCCCUGUCACUGAAGCUGUCUGGAAUGUUCUCACUCUGCAGUGGAGCUGAUCAGCCGUGUUUUUCUGUUUUUCCUCCAGAUAUUUAAGCCUUGUGGUGCCUUCCACCAUAAGUUUGGCUCCCUGGGUUCUCGGCCCGGUCAGUUUGAUCGUCCAGCAGGGGUUGCAUGUGACAGUCAGAGACGAAUCAUUGUGGCUGAUAAGGACAAUCACCGUGUGCAGGUAUGAACAACAUUCAAGAUGCAAUCAACACAGUUUUACUUUGUAGUUGUGUGUGGGAAGGUGAAUUAGAAAAAAGUAAGAGUGAAAUUUGUGUUUUUAUGUAAAAAGACAUGUAAGCUUCUGAAAACUUGAAACCAACAUACACUGAGAUACACAGCUCCUCACCCCCAAUUUCCACCGCAUCCGGAACGGCUGCGACUAGCCCUUAAGUGCAGAUCGCAGCUGAUUGUUUUCAUUCAAGUUAAUGUGUCAGUUUCCAGUGGCUUCUUUCAGUCCCGCUUCGGUUCAGCGGACUCCGCAGCCGAUCGCCAGAGUUCUAUUUUUCACCGAUGCCAAAGAAUGCCGCAUAAAUUCAGCACAGAUUAGCACAUGCUGGAAAGGAAGUCGGGCACAGACACAAAAUAAAACAUUCAGCUUCUUUUCAAAAUAAAACACUACAUGUUUCAGGCAGAUCGUAUUUCACACUGUGCAAACGGGCGAGGACGAACAAGUGAAAGGUUUUUAGACAUCAUUUCACCCCAAUGACGAGGAAAUGCUGAAUCUAGAAGUCAAGAAGUGGAAGGACACAAUCUACUGCUCAUAUGGUUAUGUGGCUGUCUUUAUAGAGACAACUUGUUAUUGUGCGAUUGCAUGUGAAUCCGCAGGUUCUUGUUAGCUCUCACGAUUCCUGCUGUCCGAAAUCUGCCACGAAAUUCGUCCCACAAACGCAUCCGGUAGGAAUUGGCGGAUGGUGAAAUCCCUGUGGUUCUGGAUGUAGUGGAAAUUUGGAGACAUGCUCAUCUGAUCUAUAUGUCUUAUGCUGAAAAGUAGAGCACUCAGAUCUCUGACUUUAUCCCACAGGUGUUUACUUUUGAGGGCCAGUUCCUGCUGAAGUUUGGGGAAAAGGGUACCAAGAAUGGGCAGUUCAACUACCCCUGGGAUGUGGCUGUAAACUCUGAGGGUAAAAUCCUGGUCUCAGACACAAGGAACCAUCGUGUUCAGCUCUUUGCCCCUGAUGGCUCCUUUCUCAACAAGUACGGCUUCGAGGGGGCUUUGUGGAAACACUUUGACUCUCCUAGAGGAGUGGCCUUUAACCACGAAGACCACCUGGUGGUGACUGACUUCAACAACCAUCGGCUGCUUGUCAUCCGGCCAGACUGCCAGUCGGCCCGUUUCCUGGGCUCCGAGGGCACAGGAAACGGGCAGUUUCUACGGCCCCAGGGCGUCGCCGUGGACCAGGAGAACCGCAUCAUUGUGGCCGAUUCCCGCAACCACCGAGUCCAAGUGUUUGAGCCCAAUGGGAACUUCUUAUGCAAAUUUGGCACACAAGGGAGCGGCUUUGGACAGAUGGAUCGUCCCUCUGGCGUGGCGGUGACACCCGACGGGGUCAUUGUGGUUGUUGACUUUGGAAAUAAUCGCAUCCUCAAGUUCUAA